AUGGUAAUGGCGACAGAAAGAUCAAAGGCUUUGCACAAUUUCACCAUGCCUCGCGGUCUCCGCUGGGGCAACCAGCGCUACCUCCGAUGCAUGAAGGUCAACUCCAACGGCCAAAUUUCAACCCUCCGACGCUUCAAUGCGAAUGAUUCCGAUUCUUCUGAUUAUCAGCACCAACAGCGGCGUACAACCAGAGAGAAACAGAGGGACAGUAAUGGAUCCCACAAGUUGGGUCCCACUCAGGCGGCAGAGAGUUUCUAUGGUGGCCGGAGAUUUGAAAACGGAGAUGACGAUGAUGAUGGGAUUGCUGCGGUGAGAGAGAAGGUGAUGUUCGAUCUACAGGCGGUGGCUGACCAGAUGAAACACCAGAUUUUCAAGGAUAGUCUUGAGGAAGGCGAGGUUUUCGUUUCUUCAUCUCUACCUGCACCACCCCCUCCGCCGCCACCGGUUUCGGCAGACGGGAGUUUCAGACCGUGGAAUUUGCGAACAAGGCGAGCUGCGUGCAAGGAGCCAUUAACUGGUUCUGUCGCCGGCCCCGAUAGUAGGAAGCCGUUCACGGUAGAUGUAAUCAAACCGAGUGCGUCGCUUCCAUCGAUGAGGAUGCCGUCUACUGGCGAUGUCAAGUCGCCGCGGCUGAGGAGUGGGCCGGCGGAAGAAUCUCCAGAGAGAGCUAAAUUUUCGGUGCCACUGUUGAAAAGAGAGAUCGAAGAGGAUUUCAUGGCAAUGGUUGGUCACAGGCCCCCUCGCAGACCUAAAAAGAGAGCCAAAAUUGUUCAGAAAGGAUUGGAUACACUAUUUCCGGGAUUGUGGUUAUACGAAAUUACACCCGAUAUGUACAAGGUUACUGAAGCUGCUCCAUAG